AUGGGAUUCUUCCAGGAAUUCAAGAAACAGACUCGGGGGGCGAAGUUGUUGUUCAAUAUUCUCUUCCACGGUGGGCACAUUGGCCUUUUUGUGCUGGGAUGGAAAAAACAACAAGAGGAUCCCAGGCUUGCGGGGCUGAAUACACUCACAUUCUCCGUCUGGAUGUCACGUGGUGCUGGCCUCGUUCUUUCUGUGGAUGGUGCCAUGAUUCUGCUCCCCAUGUGUCGGAAUAUCCUGAGAUACAUCAGACCUAAGGUCAAGUUCUUGCCGCUUGAUGAAUCGCAAUGGUUCCAUCGACAGGUUGCAUAUUCUAUGCUGAUCUACACCAUUAUCCACGUCUCCGCCCAUUAUGUCAACUUCUUCAAUGUUGAAAGAACACAAAUUCGAAAGGUCACUGCUGUCCAGAUUCAUUACACAGAAGCUGGAGGCAUCACCGGCCAUAUUAUGUGCCUUUGCAUGCUUCUCAUGUAUACUACCGCCCACCACAAGAUUCGUCAGCAAUCUUUCGAGACCUUCUGGUACACUCAUCAUCUCUUCAUUCCAUUCUUGCUCGGACUCUACACCCAUGCCACUGGAUGCUUCGUUCGCGACACUGUUCAACCGUUCUCGCCAUUUGACUCGACGAAUUUCUGGGCUCACUGCAUUGGUUAUGAGGGUUGGCGUUGGGAGCUAUGGGGAGGUGGACUCUACUUCAUGGAACGUGUGUACAGAGAGGUCAGAUCAAGAAGAGAGACGAAGAUCGUCAGAGUCGUGCGCCAUCCAUAUGAUGCCAUGGAGAUUCAAUUCAAGAAGCCAUCGAUGAAGUAUAAGGCGGGACAGUGGCUCUUCCUGAACGUUCCCUCAGUGUCAAAAACGCAAUGGCAUCCCUUCACCAUCACAUCUUGCCCAUUCGACCCUUAUAUCUCCGUCCACGUCCGACAAGUCGGUGACUUCACUCGCCAGCUUGGUGAUGCUCUAGGAGCGGGCAACGCUCAAGCCAAGCUCUACGACGGUGUUGACCCCAUGGGCAUGUACGAGGUUGCACUCCAGAACGGACAACAGAUGCCCGAACUUCGCAUCGAUGGACCUUAUGGAGCUCCCGCUGAAGAUGUCUUUAAUAACGAGAUCGCCGUUCUCAUCGGCACAGGUAUCGGUGUCACCCCUUGGGCUGCCAUCCUCAAGAACAUCUGGCAUAUGCGCAACGGACCAAACCCACCUACCCGUCUCCGCCGUGUCGAAUUCAUCUGGGUCUGCAAAGAUACCACCUCCUUUGAAUGGUUCCAAGUUCUCCUUUCUUCUCUCGAAGCUCAGAGCCAAGAGGCAGCCAACACCCCCGGCAACAAUGGCAACGAGUUCUUGCGCAUCCACACCUACCUCACACAAAAACUUGACCUCGACACCACACAAAACAUCGUGCUCAACAGCCUGAAGUCCCGGACAAACUUCGGUCGCCCGGAUUUCCACAAGCUGUUCACCGGCAUGAGGGAAGGUAUCCUGGAUCGUACAUAUCUAGGUGGACUCGAGGGCGACAUGAAGACGAACGUUGGUGUUUACUUCUGUGGACCCAACGUAGCAGCGAGAGAGAUCAAUAAAGCGUGUAAGGCAGCAACUUCGCGCGAGGUCAACUUCUCGUUCUGGAAAGAACAUUUUUAG